AUGUCUAGAUCUUUGCUGCAGAUUGUCAGACCUUACGACACAGAACGAGAGGGGACACGAGAGAAUGGAAGAGAUGCUCCAACGGUAUUCGCAUCGUCCCAGAACGUGAUGGACGCAAGCAUGAACCCACCACCGCCGUACAUGGAACUCAGCCCAGGAACGAUACCGCGGAGACCGAUCAUACCGUCACCCUCAUCAAGCUCUGGGCCUAACAGUCUCAACGCACUCUCCUGCUAUGACUCCCGUCAGCAGCAUCAGCUGGCUCAAGCGCCAAGAGAUAUCCCGAUCGUGAUUCCCCAGACGGCGCGCUCCUCGGAAGGAAGUUUUCACUCCCCUUUUGUCCGAUCAUACCCUCCUUCCCUCCAAACCACCUCUCAAAUCUCCCAAACAGAUUUUCUCGCCUUCCUCGACAAUCUCAACUCCGUGUGGGUCGCCAAUCCUGCUCUCGAGUCUGUCGGUCUUGCCGGAGAAAUAAUGGGAAACUUAUACUGGCUUCCGAUCGUCUCCUGGGUUGGCAUGGGAGUGGAAAUCGCGGCGGGACUGAGUAGUGCUGCAGCGAGUCUUGCAAGAUCCAGAAAGUUUCUGAAGCUGGCGAACGAGAAAUUCUGGAAGCCUAAGGGUUGGUUUGUGAAGAUCUGCGGGACGAAAGAGAUGCUGGGUCGUGUGGGUUAUGCUUCUGGUGGCGAAGCCGGUGCGGCACAAUUGAAGUUACCGCCGAGGGUGGUGGAGGAGUUGGAGUGUGGAGGUCAGGAAGAGCAUCAUGCAGGCCCAAGUCGUCAUCAGGUGCCGCAAGAAGACGCUCGAACACGACGUAUGCGCGCCUUGGAAGGCUAUGUUGCUCCGCUGGAGUUUAACGUUCCCGCCCUCGUUCCGCCGACCAAUCUUCUUGCGAAGAUGGGCACAAUGCAAGCGCAGCGUAUGGCAUCAAAACAACAAAAGAAGGAAGUUCAGAAACGAGAGAAAGCCAUUGAGAAACGGACGAAAGAACAGCGUGAAGCGGAGAACUCUUCUCGAAAAGCUGCUGAGAGACUCGACGAAUUAGAUACUCUCCUGGAGAAAGAAAGAACCAAGCUGCAGACGAAACUGGCGAGGAGAGGAGAGGAUCUUUCUGAAAGGGAUCGAGAGAGGAUUCUGAGGGAAUUUGAGAAGGAAGAGGAAAGGCUGGAGAAAGAGCUGGAGAAAGAGACGAAGAAGUUUGCGAGGGAGAGGGAGAAGAGAGUAGAGAAAGAGGAGAAGAAAAGUGGUAAGCCGAAGAAGGAUAAGGAAGAAGAGGCUACGCAGAAGAUGAGAUGGAUUGUUACCACGAGGUGGGAGGGAGGAAAGGAUGAGGAGGGCGAGGAUGGAUUGGUUGUCGGUGACGAUGAUGAGAACGAGGGCACAGAGAAGGCGAGGGGAAUGGACAGGUCAUAAGAGGUUGCUUCGUUGUUGGAGCGGUCGUUCCAGGUAGAAUUCCAUCCACUGUCGCACAGCUUUCCCUCUGGCAUUGUGUCCAACCCCUGCAG